ACUUCCUCAACUGCCAUCUGACAGUCUUCGAACGUCGAUCGUCAAAUUUGCUUCUAUGGGUGGUGUACAAAUUGGAUGUGUUAUCCUUACCCUGGUAACAUUUUCUUAUGCCAUUCAAUGCUACGAGAAACAAUUUGAUGGGACUUCCAAGACAAAGUUGUGUCCUUAUUUGUGCUGUGGCAGCAGCACAUACUUUAGGUACUGUUGUGGCUCCUCGAGCACCGUGGAUGACACACUGGACACAGGAGCUAUUGUCGGCAUUUCCUUUGGAGUCAUCGCGUUCACCGGCAUCAUUCUGGGAAUCAUCAUCUGCCAUUGUAGGUCACCGCGAGGACAGAACCAACAACAACUGAAUGUAGUUUUAGGCACAAGAAACAGAGCCUAUACUCCCGGGUAUGGCUCCCCGGUUCAAUCGACUUCAGGAGCAUACCCGCCUGCUCCAAACGACCCUAAACCAGCCUAUGCUCCAUAGAAGCAUGGAACACACCCGUACUAACAGAAUGCAGUAUACCCGACCCCACAGAGUGGAGUAUAUCCACCCCAACAAGGAACUGCUUCUGCCCCCACUGGGUGAAGUUUGCCAUCCUCUUGUUUACAGCGAAAACACAAGACCCAGUUAAUAAUAUGAAUUAUUAGUUUUGGCCAAUGUGUGCCUUCACACUUCAGUGUGCUCUUAUUAUUGUAUACAAUUGUAUUUAUCACGUGUAAAUGUGUAAUCAACACGUCCCAUUUUAAUGGCAGGCCCA